AUGUUUCUGAACGAAAUUGAUACUUUUCAUGCAACCGAAACUCGACUCAUGCGGAAUUUGAGAGAUGUUCUCGAAAUUGAAAGUUCGAAUAUGAGCGAAGGGUGUGCGUAUCUUGAGGCAGCACUGAAGGGUGAACGAGAAAUGGCAGAUGCCGAACUUGCCAAGUUUAAGACUGUUUUCUCUGAGGGUCUCGAGUAUUUGCGCAAUUUUCAG